CGCUCAGGGUCAAGGCCAUCAUGGCCCGAUUGAUAAAGGCUGCCGAGAACUACAUUGACCCAGACACGGGCGAGCGGACCAAUUUGUUUGCGGACCUCAAGACACACACGAUGCCGGCAAUUGAGUGGAAAAUCCACGUGAUCGACGACGUCAACAGGGUGGCCGGCAGGCCGACACCAAACGCCUUUGUCAUCGGCGACGGCAAAGUGUUUGUGUUCCGGUCGAUAAUGCAGAUGACGCCGACCGAUGACGAGCUGGCGACCGUCCUGGCACACGAGCUGGGUCACCUUCUUGCGCACCACAUCAGAGAGCGGCUUUCCGCGGCUCCCUUGUACACGGCCGCUGCGGUGCUGAUGAACACCAUUUUUGGCCCCUCGUCGUUCAACUCUGUGCUGUCCAACAUUUUGUUUGAGAGCCCAAACUCGCGCGCAAUGGAAACCGAGGCCGACUACAUUGGCCUGAUGCUGAUGUCGCUGGCGUGCUACAACCCGCACGAGUCGCCGCGGUUCUGGAACCGCAUGGUGCAGUACGAGCGACGCAGCGGCCAGAUGAUCCCGGAGCUGCUGAGCACGCACCCAAAGAGCGAGCGCAGAAUGCAGAAUAUCGGCGAGUGGAUGCCCCGUGCAGACAAGCUGUACGAGCUUGCCGGCUGCGCGGGCAUGCUGUCGUACAGAGACAUGUUCAAUAGAUGGUAGUGCGUCGAUCGGCGCGCGACCCACAAAAA